AUGGUAAAGGCGUUACCCCUGUGCUAUGUAGGAUUCCUGGCGGCGACUACCGGUAGUGGAUGUGCUUUCGCACCGCCCUCGGGGACCCCGUUACUUCCCGCUUUCGGACUCGGAUCAUCUGCGCUCGCCGCAUCGACCCUGACCGAGAAGGAUGAACUUGUUUUGUCUGUUGUAUUGCUGGCACGUACAUUAGGUCCCGUGGGGGUCUACAAUUCGGAGGAAGAACAGAGCAAGCUGAAACAACUUGCUGAUCAGUUGGCCGAUUUUUCGGAUCCGGCUCCGGCACUAAAAAGUCUAUCCGGUCGACACGAGCUAGUCUAUUCAGCCGCACCGGGUGGAUCCUCCGGAAAAUUGUUCGGACCGAUAUUCGGCAGAGUGACGCAGGAGUUUGUCGACGACUUGACGUUCUUGAAUGCCGUCGAAAUCGGUCCACUCAAACUGAGUUUACGGGCCGAACGCAAGGUAAUGGACGACCGCGUAAUUCAAGUCUCUUUCAAAGAGUCUAUUGUGAGCGUUUUUGGCAACGAGCUGAUCCGGAAAGAAAUUGGAGGCGGUGGCACGUGGAAGUAUAUAUUUGCGGGUGUUAUGACGGACCCAGCGAGCGGCAAACGAAAGCUACUCCGAGUAAUGGAAACGCCCAGUUUGUUCGUGAUUGAAGCACCGGUAGAAGAGUCAAGCAUUUUGUAG